AUGGCUGAGGAGUGGCAGAGCAUCCCUUCUCGAAGGAAGACCAAGGCAUCCAAGGGGCCCGCCUCAGCGCAUCCUAGUGAGAAUGUGCCCAAGUUCUUGGCCGAGUUCAAGACCAAGGAGUGCCCAAAAAAGGAAAGGCACGACUGGAGGCAAUGUGAAUGUUUCCACCACCAGGCCAAGGAUCGGCGCCGCAAUCCCUACAAAGAUCCUUACCUGCCUGAAGACGAGUGGAACGCUACUGGCGUGGAGAAGGCAUAUCAUCCAGUCACUUUCCGAACACAGCUCUGCGAGAGCUUUGCCAAGGGGGGAAAGACCUGUCAGUAUGGGAGCUGGUGUGCCUUCGCACAUUCCGCGGAGCAGCUAAGAGAGGAUGCGAGCGUACAACACGAAAGGUACACGGAGCAGUUUGCUGAUCAGCUCUUUCCGAAGGUGCAAAGGAAGACUUUGCAAGACUAUGUGGGCACGGCUCCACCUUCUGCAGCUCCGUUGAGUAUCCGCAAGGUGGAAUCAGUGGCCCCACUACUGUCGCGAAUCUCUGGUCAGCAGACACAGGGCCUUGAGCUGAAACCCUACGAAGUCUGGCUGUUGCAGAAGUCCGACAAGUUUUGGAAAGGCGUGUGCAACUGUGCCGUCGACAAGCUCUGCACCGUCGAGAUCUGCGAAGACUCCGGUGGCGCUUGUUUGGAGAUCCGCGGUGCGAAGGCUGCGGAAGUCGUGAAGACAAUGGACGCUAAGCUUCGAUCCGUGCCGAAGGACGUGGCCAGCAUCGACAAGCGCGAGUAUGAAGAGCGCACACUGCAGAAGUUGGAGGCUCUGAUCAAGCAACCUGACCAGAAAAAGCUGUUCGUGAGUCAGGCGGAAGCUCAUCAUGUGCGCAUUGACACCGGUCCUGGGCACGCGCAAGUCUGCGUCGUGAAGUCGAUGGGCUCCGUGACUCAGGCCAAGGACGUGCUUGACAGAAUUCACAGCUGGCUGACGUACAAUGGGUUCGCCACGGUGGUGCAAUGCCAGAGCUGCCUUGACCCUUUCUUUGAAAAAGAAGGCAUGCGAUGUCCAAAGGGCCACUUUCUCUGUGCACCCCGAGAGCGUGCAGAGGCAUCCAGUUGCUUGGAGGAUUGGUUGAGAACUUGCCGUUCCAACAUCGCCAUGGAUGGGAAGGUGUGUUGCCCUGUAUGCAAGGAUGAGCUGGACCGGAGGAAGUUGGCACAGAAGUGCUCACAGGCAGUCUGGACAGAACUGCAUGAAACUCUGGUGGAUGCUCAGGUCUCAAAGCAGGUGCAGAAGCUGCAACAUGAGUUCGAUGAGCGCUUACAGCGAGAGGUUGAUAAGCUCAUGGCCUCAUACGGUAACGAAGACGAGCAGAUCCGCCGACAAGCUGCCACCUUUGCAUCUAAGGCACGCAACGAAGCUCUGAGUCUUGCAUGCCCAAACAAGGAAUGCCAGCAAGUUUAUGUGGACUUUGAAGGCUGCAUGGCAUUGGAGUGUGGCCGAUGCAGACAAAACUUUUGUGGCUACUGUCACAAGCCGACAGCCACUUCAAGGGGCGCUCAUGAACAUGUCCGGGAGUGCGAGGCCAAUCUCACAGAGAACGGCAGCUACUAUGCUGAUGAGCGCAUUAUUAGAGAAGCCCAAAGGAGGUACCGCAUCAAGCGCUUGAAGCAAUUUUUCCAGAACAACAAGUUCAACCAGCGCCUCCGAAAUGCUGUUGUCAUCGAGCUGAACAAAGACUUGGAUGAUCUCAGCAUCGACCCCGUGAUCGCCAUCUUCGGAGCUCUUGGGUCGGCGUUUGCGGCAGCAGUGGUUGCUUUGAGCACGGGCAGCGUAGCUGUUGGGACGCUGGGUGGUGUGGCGGUGACGUGCUGCGUCACGGGGGUGGCCACCGGUGACAUGCUCAAGAGACGGAAUCUCCUCUCCACGGAGCCCGGGUUGGUGCUCGACUGA